AUGCCGACUUAUUGCAAAUAUUGUCAUGAGUCCGGACAUUUUGCUUCUGAAUGUAACAAGUCUCCUAGUGGCAAGCGAGUUCGUUUUGCUUGCCUGAAAUCUGGACAUAUUCGUGCCAAUUGUCCCGAAAAAAUCAAGUCCUUCAAGAAACGCAGACGUCAUUCUGUACCAUCGGAUACUCGUCUUUCAUCUGUUGCAGAAAGUUCUGCUGUUGUUCUUUCUCCUCCAUUGGAGGAUUUGGCCAAUCCACCCACUAUUCAGUCGUGCGAGACCACUGAGAUGUCCUCUCAACUGCCCAAAGUCGAUAUUGAUGUUGUUAAUCCUAAUUUGCCCCAGUCUGCAGAAGCUGAAGCCUGCUCUGACUCUUACAGUCUUCCUUCUCAGCCCGCUAAUCCUCUGUCAACAGACAACUACGUUGCACAGGCUCAAUUUGAGAUUCUUACUUUGGAGACCAUUCGGUCUGACUCUCCUAUGUACUCCUUUCCUCCUCAAGAAGAGUCUAUGGAGUGUGAUAAUGAUGAAGUUGCUAAUACCACUUUACCUGUUAUUAAUCAAUCGGCCUGCUCUUCUAAUACAUCUAAGUAUGCCUCUCGCCCCAAACGCAAUGCCAAACCUCCUCUGCGUUAUGAGAAUGAUUCUCGUUAUCAUUAA